UCUGUAAAAACAUAUACAUGUUUUUGUAUGUGUGUAUCGUUUCGAAUAAAAAAAAACAAUAAUUUUAAAUUAUUUCUAAUUCAGUUUUAAAAUAAAUGCAUAUUUUCGAUGGCAUAAUUACAGGAGGUAGAACAAAGCUACCCCCUAAAUACAUUUUUUUUAUUUUUGUGCCCAUAUCCUGUCAAAACAUAUACACAUUUUAGUUGUGUUCCAGUACUUUUUUUAGUAGUAAAACUAGCAGAAGAGAGAAUAGUGCGAAAUGCCAUUCUCAUUUAGAUGUGCUCAAAAAAUAAGGGAACGGAAAAUUAGCAGAAAUGCGAUAAAGUGUCAACAUUCAAAAUUCAAAAUGAAAGCAGUCUAAAUCGGACUUGUGAAACCUUAUUGAAAAGGACGCCAAAAUUUAAAAAAAUGAGUAUUGAAGACGAAUGCGUUGAAGAGUAUUUAGAGGUGGAGUUUUCUCAAACCCCAACCCCAGAGAACCUAACAUGGUUGGAGGCGCCGGUAAAAUUAAUGUUAAGUCUUCUAGAAGACUUAAUGCCACAAGUUGGGAAGACAGCCAACCUUAAAAAUAAAAAGAACAUUUUCUUUUUUUUUUCGCAGUAAUAAGCGAACAUCUUAACCAGAUUGGAUACUGUUUUACACCUGAUCAAGUCCACACAAAUUUUCGAUCGUUGGAAAGGCGGUUUAAAAAAAUGAAGCUCAACAACUCUUUAACAGGCAGGAAUAAAGUAACAUGCCCUUUUGAGCUAGAAUUAGAAAGUAUAUUGGGUGAAAGGAAAUCGCUAAACCCAGAUUAUGUCCUUGAUAGCGAGAAUGCUGAUGGAAAGGAUGGCAAUAACCUCAACAUAAAUGAAGAUUCUGGUGAUAUUGACAUUCCUUCGUGUUCAAAUGCGGCUUUUAAAAAAGAUGUUCCCUUAUGUACCAAGCCCAGUUUAAAAAAAGAAAAUGCAAAUCCAAAGCAACGAACUGUUAAACUAUUGGAAGAAAUUGUGGAAGAAAGAAAGAAUUUUCAUUCGGCUGUGUUGCGACAUAUGGAAGCCAGAGAUAGACGCAAUGAGCGGAAAAUGGAUUUAUUGGAAAAAAUUGCUGCACAUAUCUGCAACACAAGAGAUUAAUUGUGUGGUAUAUCUAUACCUUUUAAUAAAAUUUAUGAUACCCUACACCACUAAUAAUUCCAUUUCCAAAAGGAACUAAUUAUAUUAAUACAUCUUAAAAAACAUGUUUCAAUGCAAUAAACAAAUAUUUGUUAUUUUA